ACGAUUGCCCCUGUUGCGAUGCGCCGCAUGAGUCACUCGGCAUUCUUCGCUAAGCUCUUAAGCGAAGUCAAUAUCUCCCCCUUAAAGAGAAACGCCACAGCGGUAAUGCAGCUGAACACUAUACUUGUAUACAUACAAUGAAAAUUUGUGACCGCUGAGCUCUGGCAUUCCUCCGAUUCAUCAUCACCCGCACACCCCAGCACGACCUGUGGCUUCACAUGCAAUGUCUCCAACCAUUCAAAACAACACCAUUUUUCUCUCGCCAGAAGAAGAUGCUCGUCUGCGCAAGAACUUCAAAGACAGGUUACAGAAAUGUCGCGAGCUUUCAGGCCAGCGACGCAUCCCUUCAGAUCCACAAUCUCUUCGAAGUCAAGUGAUAUACGCGGAUCUGAUGUCCGAUAUGCAGCCUGGCCCACAAGCACAGAAGGAUGGAGCAGGCUUAAUUGUUGCUUACGCCGUCGGUACUCCGUACCCGCCGUGCACUGUUCCCCUGCAAAAUCUGAAGCCGAUGGGAAUGCAUGAGUUGAGGAUAGAUACGCAUCAUCGCGGACGUGUUCUUACUGUCAGGCGGUGGGGGGCGACGCCUGUGGUUAAGCUUAAAAUUUGUUCUUGGACUGUCGUGCAAGAAGUGAGGGAGGAGGGAGAGGGAGGUGGGGAAGUGGACAGGCUGGAGGUAGGGUUGUGCAAGGAUGUGCAUGGUGUGGAUAUAUUGGAGAGCGGGGAGGUUUUUAAGGUCUUGGAACCGUGGUUCACCGUUGGUGAGCAGGGAGAGCUGACAAUCCGUAUCGACCAUCGUUCGGACCUUGUUUGCAUUGAUAGCACCCCUUCCAAAGCGGAUAAAAUUGGCCGGUUGAAAAAUACGAGGAUGGAGGUCACGAAGAUAGCUAGGGAGUACAAGGAAGAAGGCAAUGCAGCACUCAAACAACGAAACCUGCCACUGGUCUAUUCGAAGUAUACCCAAGGUCUGGAAAUCAUCGGGGCAGCAAAAGAAGACAUAGCCUGCGACCUCUUCCGCAACCGCGCACAUGUCAACCUUCUGCUUGAUCGACUGGAUGGAGGAAAGAGCGAUGCACUCGCUUCUCUCACUGGUCUUCCGGACCAGAAACACAGAGAGCUGGAUGGCAAAGCAUAUCUCCGCGCCGGUACUGCAGCUUAUCAGUCUGGUGACUUUCAGGAAGCGAAGCACUUGUUUGAGGAGCAGCAGCGCUUGUUGCCAGGUGAAAAAGAGGCGGCAGCGAGGAUAAGUAAGACUGAACAGCGUCUCAAGGAACGGGAGACUGGCUGUUAUGACUUCAAGAAACUCAAGGCCAGUCUCCUGCUAUCAUCGUCUCGUCAUGGGGCAAGGGUCGACGCAGCAAGCUUCACCCGCAACGUGGAGAUCAAACCGAGUCCAGGUAAAGGUCGUGGACUGUUCGCAACGAGAGGCAUGGAGGCUGGCGAGGUUAUAAUGGCCGAGAAGAGUUUCUGCAUCGUGUGGGCAAAUGAAGAGGAAGCGCUGACGAGUAUGACGUAUGAUUUUCGCGAUGACAGGAUCCGUGUGUUCCCUGCCGGUUUGUGUAAAACUGUUGUUCGAAGACUCAUCGACAACCCCUCACAAGUUUCCAAAUUUUUGGAUCUGUAUGGUGAUUAUCGGGGAACUGAGAGUAAAGGGCAGAGCGGGCGAGACGGAGACCGGGGAAAGGCGAUCGAUGUAUUCCAAGUGCAUGAUGUUGUUGCGAGGAAUGCUUUUGGUCCCGAUCCUAGGAGCGCCAGCGCAGGCCUCUGGAUCCUCGCAUCGUAUAUCAACCAUUCCUGUCUCCCAAACUCGGAGAAAGAGUAUGUCGGAGACCUCAUGCUCCUCCGCGCUACUCGUUCCAUCGCUGCUGGAGAGGAAAUAUUGCAUGCUUACGAUUUAUCAUCCGACUACGACACGAGGAUGGAAUCGUUGAUGAGGACGUGGGGAUUUUCUUGUGAUUGCAAGCUAUGUGUGGCAGGUAAGGCAGAUAGUGAAGAGGUGAGGAGCAAGAGGAGGGAGCUAGAGCGCGAGGCGGAUGCUUUAAUCGAGAAAGGAGAAGGUAGUAGUAGGCUUGCUGUUGUGAAAGCGAGGAGGUUGGUGAGGGAGAUUGAGGGGACAUUUGAUGAGGAGAGGUAUAAAGGGUUGCCGAGGAUGGCGGUGGCGAGGGUGCAGAAGUGGAUUAGUGAGGCUGGGAAGAGAUGAGGAUUUUGGGAAUUUUAAACUGUUUAAUUUUGAGGAUUACGGAUGCUGCGAGGUUGCACACACACUUCCCCAUUGUAACUGCAUAUUGGGCAUUCAAUCAAGGAUAAGUCACCAUGACACAUUGUCGUCGAUGGGUGCUCAUUCUAUAUCACGCCG